AUGAAAGUCCUAGUCUCCCCGCGCGCGGGCCUCCGCAAGGACAUCAACAAGGGCGGCGGCACAUGCGGCUUCGAGGGGAGCUUCGACAUGAGCGGCCAAUUCGACCACGGGCACACGCUGUACGUUCCCGAGAGCUUUUACGAGAAGGGCGCAGCUUGCGGAGCAUGCUUCACACUAUCUGACGUGGCGUGGGACGGGCUCGUCGCGGACCGCAAGCGGCGCGACGUGGACGUGCAGUUCAAGAAGGUCCCGUGCAACGCGACGAGCACCAUGGCUGUGCGCGUCGUGAGCGACUCCAAAAAGCACAAGUUCGGGAUCCAGAUUCUCGGCGCAGGGGGGUUGGGCGUCGCGGGAGUUGAGAUAUCAAACGAUGGAAAAAAGUGGGUGAGAAUGGAGCGGAAGGACGGGGCUGCCACGUGGACGGUGAACAGCAAGGACGCCAAGGACGCAGCUAAGAACAUCGUGCGCAGUGGCAAGCACAUGAGCGUACGCGUUACAGCAGCGACCUCGGGAGAGAAGGUUGUCCUCGAUAACAUCAUCCCCGCUGGUUGGACAGCCGCCCGCGUGUACCUAUCCAAGUCGAACUUCCACGUCGCGGGAGCAAAGGCGGGAUGGUCUCCACUGCCAUCCGCGGGACUAAGCAAGGGCAGCGGCGUUGACAAGGCGAAAGUGGAGAGCGCGGUCGAAACGAUCAAGGCGGCGGUCAGCAAGGCAGGCACUGAGGUUUCCGCCGCAGCCAAGUCGGCGCUCGAGGCAUUGAAGGGCAUUGUGGCGAGCCUGGAGGGCAAGGCAAAGACGCAGGACGGGAAGAAGUCUGAUAAGUAA